AUGGCGCCAUCACUACUACAUCCUCCAAGCCACUUAUCGCCAGGCGCAGCAUUGGAGCUGUCCCAACGAGCACCAGCUGUCCUCAAGAACUCACCGGGUGCCGUUUCCUCCUCUCCGUUUCAGUCGCUGUUCUCGGCAUCAGAAAGCCCUGAACUAUGGAUUACCUACGAGAAUCUUCUCCUAUCGUGUCUACGGACAGGUGACGAGCAGGCAGCCCACCAAUGUCUUGAGCGCCUGGUCAAUCGCUUCGGAGAUGAUAACGAGAGGAUCAUGGCCUUCAAGGGGCUGCUGAAGGAGGCGGAGGCCGAGGACAACGCCGCUCUGGAGGUUGUCUUGAAGGAGUAUGAUCAGAUACUGAAAGAGGACAACACAAAUAUUCCUAUCACGAAACGCCGGGUUGCUCUUUUACGAUCUUUGGGCCGCGUCUCCGAGGCAGUGUCGGGCUUGACAGGGCUCCUCGAUUUCUCGCCUACUGAUGCCGAAUCGUGGGCGGAGCUGGCAGAUAUCUAUUUCUCCCAGGGACUGUAUGCGCAGGCUAUCUAUUCCCUCGAGGAGGUAUUGGUUCUAACACCAAAUGCGUGGAAUGUUACAUCAAAGUGGCUGAAGGAGCCCGUCAAGGCAAAUAAGCAUACAGACGCAGAUGACUUCGCCUUACCGGAAUAUUCCACUGUCGAGCGAUUGAACGAACUGGCCACUGCCAAGCUGACUGAGAUUGUCCGCCGCAGUUCGGCCAAGGAACGAGGAUGGCGUGGGUAUGAAGAAGCAGAGGUCGCUGCCGCAAGAGAGCUUCUGUCCAAGGACGCAACAACACCUGUUGUGAGGUGA